CGCUUGAUGGGCCGUGAGGAACUGACUCAGACUUGUGCCUCCGGCUAAAAUCCAACCAAAACCCUCGCGCGACCAUGGCCACCGGCGCCGCCGCCGCCGCCGGCCACGGCGGCAAGGACCGACUCAACGGCCUCCACGACGACCUCCUCCACCAAAUCAUCUCCCAUCUCCCCUUCACGGACGCCGCCCGCACCUCCGUCCUGGCCUCCCGCUGGCGGCACCUGUGGCGCUCCACCCCGCUCGCCAUCGACGAUGCCCACCUCCCCGUGCCCGCGCGUGCCACUUCCGCCGUCGCUCGGUUCCUGGAAGAGCAUCCGGGCCCCUUCCGCACCGUCCGCCUCCGUCACUGCAGGUUCGCCUCCCUGGACCCUACGUGGCCGCGCCUCCUCGCCGGCAAGGGCACCCUGCAGGAACUCGCCCUCCACAACAAGGUCGGCAAGGUCCAGCCGUACCCCGCGCGCCUUCCGGCCGAGAUCCUCCGCUGCGCGUCGCUCCGAUGCCUCUCCCUGGCCUUGUGGGAGUUCCCCGGCGACCUCUCCGGCGGCGCGGACAUCAUUCUUCCUCAGCUCCGGGUGCUCGAAUUGAUAAAUAUUUACAUUAGCAAAGAGGACCUGGACACAUUGCUGGCUUUCAGCCCCGUUCUGGAGACCCUUACGGUGCGUGGUCCUUGGGCUUUCCGGAGUGGAGCAUUUUGGAAUUACCACAAGGGCAAGCGCUUCCAUCUCCGCAGCCAAAGCCUCCGGUCCGUGGUCCUUGGGCUUUCCGGGGUGGAGCAGUUUGAAGUGACGGACGCUCCGGUCUUGGAAAGCCUCAUCUUGAAGGAGCAGUCUGCUGCUGGAGGUGAUGAUGGUGGGAGCAUCAGCAUAGCUUUCGCACCCAACCUGCGGGUUCUGGGCUACCUGGAGCCAAGAGUUCACACGCUGCAGAUCGCUGGUAAUGUGAUCAGGUCUGACACUGUAGCGAGCCCAAGCGUUGUGGUUCCAGGUCUCAAGAUAUUGGCCUUGAGAGUGAAUUUCCGUGUCUUACGAGAGGUCAAGAUGCUGGCCAGCUUCCUCAGAUGCUUUCCCAACAUCGACACUCUGCGUAUCGAGUCUGCGCUGCAUGAUCCAUCUGCGAUUCACUAUGGUGUCACUAGGGAGCAGCAUGCUGAGUUAUGGCAGGAGGCCAGUGCACUUAAGUGCUCGAUAUCGCACCUCAAGAGGAUGGUUUUCCACAAAUUCAGAGGGCAUCCAAAUGAAAUCGAAUUCCUCAAGUUCAUCGCGACGGAUGCACAUGAGCUGGAGUCUUUGCUGCUUGUGCCGCUCAAAGGAAGUUUUACUUCAGCAGCCCAGAUUAUACAGAGCUUGAUUGGCAUCCGGUUCUGUGAGCCAUGUUUUCCCCUCGUGUGAUAAAGCACGGGAGAUCCCCUGGAGUCAGUACAGCAGCAUGAGGAACAGUGGCGAAGCUAGAAGAUUAAACCAUUGGGGUCAGCUCCUUAUUUUAGGUGUAAUCUUCCACUAAAUUUGCAAUGAGAGACUAAAUUAGGACGUUAAUGAGAGACUAAAUUUGCAAUGUCCACAGUUUCGAGCGUGGGCCUCUAAAGUGCUGGUAGUGUCGCCUAAAAUGGACAUUGCUCGGAACUUGCAGAAAGCAUCCAACCUUACCAUUGACGACCUUUUUUGUUACUGAAUGCUUGGUUAAUUCACUACUGUAUGUUUACGUGGUCAAUCUGAGCAUUUUGGGAAAUCGAUGCCUGUACUACUGCAAGAUCUAGGAGUGCUUAAGUUUCAAGUUUCUACUAGCAUGAGUACAUUUAAGUAUCUAAGCAGAACUACCAAAAAGACUUGUGUUAUAUAUCUUGGCAUCUAAUGUCCUACAUUAUUGGUGAUAUAGAACAUCAAAUGGUUUACAUUUGGAGGCAUGCGUUCUGUUUAGACAGGGCAGAUUACAGCUACCAUUAGCAGAUGCUUGGUUGUUUUAGUUUCAACUACCAUUGUUGAUAUAAGUGUCUAAGCUGACAGAACUGUUGAAACUAACGUCCUGUAUUAGUAUUAUUUUUCAACAUUAAUCAUAUUUGAAUCACUGCUACAACAUCAAAUGGUUUACAUUUGGAGGCAUGCAUUCUAUUUAGACAGGGCAGAUUACAA